GCCGCUGCCGCCGCCGCUGCCGCCGCCGCCCGAGUGGAAGGAGGGUAAAGCCAGGAAGAAAAUGGCGGCCGUGGCUGCAGAGGCGGCAGCGACCGCGGCGUCCCCGGGGGAGGGGGGCGCCGGCGAGGCCGAGCCGGAGCUGGAGCCCAUCCCCGGCAGCGAGGCCGGCACGGACCCCCUCCCGGUCACGGCCCCCGAGGCGGCGGUGCCCGCGGGCGAGGCCGACGGCCGUCCGUCCGCGCCUCAGGCCGACGCGCAGCCGCCGCCGCCGCCGCCGGGGCAGCCGGCCCGCAGCCCGGAGGCGGCGGGGCCGGAGCUGGAGGCGGAGGAGAAGCCGCCGGCUCGGGCGGCGGCGGCGGAGGAGGCGGCGGCGGGGGCCGGCGCGCCGCCGGAAGGGCCGGGCCUCCUCCCCUCGCGGUCCCCGGCGCCGCCGCCGGCCCGCGACGAGCGUGAGGAGACGCCGCGGCCGCCGCCGCCGCCGCCGCCGCCCGGCGUCCCCGGCGUCCCCGCGCUCGUGCCGCCGGCGGGCGGGGGCGGCGCCGUGGCGCAGCUGAUCCCGGGCGCCGAGGUGCGGGUCACGCUGGACCACAUCAUCGAGGACGCGCUCGUCGUGUCGUUCCGCCGCGGGGACAAGCUCUUCUCCGGGGUCCUCAUGGACCUGUCCAAAAGGUUCGGGCCCCACGGGAUCCCGGUGACGGUGUUCCCCCGGAGGGAGUCCAAGGAGCGGCCGGAGCCGCGGGCGCCGGGCGCGGGCCCCGAGGCGGCGCUGGGCUGGACGGGCAAGCCGCCGCCGCUCUUCCACGAGGGCGCCCCGUACCCGCCGCCGCUGUUCAUCAGGGACACCUACAACCAGUCCAUACCUCAGCCGCCGCCGCGCAAGAUCAAGCGGCCCAAGCGGAAGCUGUACCGCGAGGAGCCCACGUCCAUCAUGAACGCCAUCAAGCUGCGGCCGCGCCAGGUGCUGUGCGAGAAGUGCAAGAACAGCGUGGCGGCCGAGCGGCGCGAGGCGCGGCGCGGCGCGGGCGAGGCGCAGGCGCAGGCGCACGCGCAGGCGCGCUGCGAGGAGCGCAAGCGCCGCAGCGAGGCCGCCGCCGCCGCCGCCGCCGCCGCGGCCGGCAAGAAGCUCAAGGGCGAGCCCAAGGUGGACGGCCGCGGCCCCGCCGAGGGCCCGCGGCGCGGCGCCGUGGUGAAGGUGCCGGGCCUGGGCCCCGGCCGCGCCCGCGUGGUGCGGGUGCCGGCGCAGGCGGCCGCCGCCGCCAAGGUGCUGCAGAGCAAGAACAUGGACCACGCCAAGGCCCGCGAGGUGCUCAAGAUGGCCAAGGAGAAGGCCCAGAAGAAGCCCAGCGAGUCGUCCACCUCGCGGGGCGCGCACGCCAAGGCGCACCUCUCGCGGCGCUACCAGAGCCCCGGCGCGGGCGCCCUGCCGCCCCGCGUGCGCUUAAAACCGCAGCGCUACCGCAACGAGGAGAACGACUCCUCCCUGAAGACGGGGCUGGAGCGCGUGCGCAGCGGCAAGCUGGCCCCCAAGCCGCCGGCGCGCUGCUCCUCCUCCCGCGCAGCAGGUGAGAGUCCCGCGCGCCGCCCGCGCCCGCGCCAGCCCCAGCCCGGGCCCCGCGCCCCGGGCCCGCGGGCCGGCGAGGCGGGCCCGGCGGCCGGCCAGGCGCGCGUGCCCGGCGCGCGGGAGCCCGCACGGACGCUGGGCGCGCGGGGCGGCCAGGGCGCGCUCGCGGUGUUCGUGACCCUGCACCAGAAGCCGGCCGACUCGUGCAGUGCUUCGGUGUGCAGCCUCGAUAGCGCCGACGACCUGCAGUCCUCCAGCUCGGAGGCCAGCUGCUCCUCCGAGAGCUUUGCCUUUCCUCCCGGCGGCGUGCACGCGCCGCCCGCCGCCGCCGCCGCCGCCGCCCCGGAGGAAGACAAGGCAAAGCCCAGCCAUUCCUUGAAAAUGAGAAUCUUUUCCAAAACCGUCUCUAAGUGCAUCACACCCGAUGGCAGGACCCUGUGUGUGGGGGACAUUGUCUGGGCCAAGAUCUAUGGCUUCCCCUGGUGGCCGGCCCGCAUCCUCACCAUCACGGUGAGCCGCCGCGAUAACGGCCUGCUGGCCCGCCAGGAGGCCCGCCUCGCCUGGUUCGGGUCCCCCACCACCUCCUCCCUCGCCCUGUCGCAGCUCUCCCCCUUCCUAGAAAACUUCCAGGCGCGCUUUAACAAGAAGAGAAAGGGCCUGUACCGCAAGGCCAUCACAGAGGCGGCCAAGGCCGCCCGGCAGCUCACCCCCGAGGUGCGGGCUCUGUUGACCCAGUUUGAAACGUGAGCAUGGACAGUCAGGUAGGCAAGCACCGCGGGAAGGCGCCCUAGGCCUGCCCGGCCCGGUGAGGAAUGGCUUCUCCGCAGGGGCCCGGCCCAGCCCGGCCCAGCAGGGCGGGGAGACCGCCCUCGCCCGGCCGGCUUUUUAUACUACCUUCUAGCCAGUUUUACACUUCAACUGAACACAGAUCAUUUUUAUUUGUCGCGAGGGAGGGAGACUGUUGGCAGUGUUUCCCAAAAGUCUUGGAAUCCAAGAACCACCUGAAGACAUAAAAGCCAUAGCCUCAACCGAAACUGCGAUCCUGUGUGUGUACAGAUACACUCUGUGUGUAUCUGUGCACACACAACACACAAGCUACCCAGCUGUAGAAUGACUGCCUGUCCCAGUGUGACCCUGGUUGGGUGUCCAGGCUUCUAGGUAGGGUUGGUGCGCUGGCUGAGCAGUGGCUAUGGACGAACUAGAGACACAGCCUCCCUCUGCACGCAGUGGUGGAGCGCUGGCCGCAGCCUUCUUGACUGACUGACUGGCUCGCUGUUUACAAACAACCGCCCUGCCUCUGGCAUCGGAAACCGUCAUGUCAAACUCAUGACACGUGCGAGCCAUCACCACUUUCUUUUGUGCGGGGUAUAACAGAUUUUCACGUCUCUGGUUGGGUUAGAUAGGUUUUGUUUGCACACACUGUACACGGCUAAAUUUGGUCAAAUUUCCUGACUGGCUGUUCCUAAGUCCUUAGGAUAUGUCCUAGGAAAUUACACUUUGGGAAUUAAUUGUCACGUGUAAUUGUUACAUUUGGAUGUUACCUAAUUUGAUCAUUUAAAAGGAAAUAAGGUAUCUGUUUGCAGGUCAGAAAACAAUGUAAUUGUGUGAUGCUCUGAAAUGUAAAAAAAAAAAAGAAAAGAAAAAAGAAAACAAAAAAUUGUAAAUAAAAUCAACUAAA